AUGACGAUCGAAGGUAAUAAGGAACAAGCGGAAAGGUGCGUAGAGGUUGCGCAAAUUGCCUUCGCGGCUGGUAAUAUUGAGAAGGCCGAGCGUUUUUUGCUGAAAGCGGAGAGAUUGUACCCUACAACGCGUGCUAAAGAGUUUCUAACACGGGUCCGUGCCGCUGCGUCGACCACACCAACGAAACAGACAACUCCACCAGGUACACCGAAUUCCGAGGAUUUGAGACGACGUAAGAACCUAAACCACCAGCCCACCCAGAGAGAAUACACGCAAGAACAGUUGGAAGCUGUACGGAGAGUCAAAACUAAGUGCAAAGACUUCUAUGAAGUAUUAGGUGUGUCAAAAGAAGCAACUGACUCGGAUAUAAAAAAAGCGUAUAAGAAAUUAGCUCUGCAGUUGCAUCCGGACAAGAAUCAUGCGCCGGGAGCUGCUGAGGCCUUCAAGGCUGUGGGCAACGCGGCGGCGAUACUCACGGACGCCGAAAAGCGAAAACAGUACGACGUGCGCGCGGACGAGCCCCAGCAUCCGUCGCACACGCACCGCCAGUUCUACGCGCGGGGCUUCGAGUCCGACCUCACCGCUGAGGAACUCUUCAACAUGUUCUUCGGAGGCACCGCUUUCCCUGGCGCGGGCCCCACGGUGUACACCCGCAGGCGGGCGCGCGAGCCCGAGCCGCGGGACAGCAACGCGGGCCUCAUGCAAAUGCUGCCCGUACUGGUUCUGGUGCUGCUGUCCAUGAUGUCCGGCUUCUUCAUCAGCGAGCCCGUGUACAGCCUGGCCCACACGCCCAAGUACCCUGUCCCCAGAGAGACUGUUAAUCUGAAGGUGCCCUACUACGUGAAAGAUAACUUCCACACAGACUACCAAGGCUCGCUGCGGCGACUCGAAAUGGCGAUCGAGGAGGAAUAUAUAGUUGGCCUACGUCACGCGUGUCAGCGCGAGCGGAACUACCGCGACAGCGUCGCUUGGAAGGCGCGCAACUUUGGCGAUCCGCGACACCACGCCGACGCGCAAAGACUUCGCAUGCCCUCCUGCGAGAAAUUGCAGCAAUUCCAGCGCUAACCGCGUAAUGUACCAAUAAAUAUAAUAGCCUGUGCAUUCGUUUCCUUCCCGUCCUUAAGGCUAUACCUAACAAUAAAAAUUCAUACCCAACAAAUAUUUCAUACCCAACAAUAACUUGCAUACCCAAAAAAAACAUUCAUACCCAACAAAAAUGUUUCAUACCCAACAAUAAUAGUCCAUAAAAAGCGUUGCCAAACACACGCGCAGAUACUUCGUAUGCCCUAAUGCGAGCGCUAACUGCGUAAUGUACCAAUAAAAAUGAUACCCUGUGCAUUCGUUUCGUUUCCCGUCCCCGAAGGCUAUACCUAACAAUAAAAACCCAUACCCAACUAUAAUUGUCAUACCCAACAAUAACUUUCAUACCAAACAAAAAAGUUUCACACUCUUUUAGUCCAUAAAAAACAAUGAUAGUUUCAUAGCCAACUAAAAGCGUCGCCAAACGUAUUCGUAUGCCCUCCUGCGAUAAGUUGCAACAAUUCCAGAU